AUGCUCGCCUCCAACACCACCAGACGAGCACUCGCCUCGUGCUCCUCCUCCUCGACAGCCACCGCAGUCCUCCCCAGCUUCCUCGUACCAGCCCUCCAGACCAGUGCGCCCCGACGAACAUUCUCCGCCACAGCGAACCGGCCGUCAAAGUUGGGGAGGAAUCCAAUCUCUAUCCCUCCCGGAGUAGAGCUUCAAGUGGGGGAUCUGUUCGUCAAGAAGGAUGUGACCACCUACCUGCAAACCAAGAAGAGGAAGGUGGUCGUGAAGGGGCCAUUGGGCCAACUGGAGCUCGACAUCCCCUCCUUCGUCAAACUCGACCACGACGCCGAGGGCAGGAAAGCAGUCUUGACCGUGGAAGACAAGGAGCAAAAGAAGCAAAUGGAGAUGUGGGGUACAACCUGGUCCUACCUCAACAACUACAUCAUGGGCGUAUCAGAAGGCCACACUGCCGUCCUCCGCCUCGUCGGUAUCGGUUACAGAGCCACAGUCGAGCCCCGCCCCGCCCUCGAAGAGUACCCGGGCCAGCAGUUCGUCUGCCUCAAGCUCGGUUUCUCCCACCCCGUCGAGAUGGGCCUCCCCCUCGGCAUGAAGGCCAGUGCGCCCCAACCAACCCGCGUCCUCCUCGAGGGUAUCGACAAGGAGCAAAUCAUGUCCUUUGCCGCCAAAAUCAGGAGGUGGAGAGUGCCGGAGCCGUACAAGGGGAAGGGCAUUUUCAUUAAUGAUGAAACGAUCAAGCUCAAGGCAAAGAAGAUCAAAUAA